CUCUACUGUAUUCUUGCUAUAAAUAGAGCUGUCGAGGCCCUCACUUUUGGAGACCAAGUAAAGAGAGAAAAACAAAGAUGACUCUUCGAUUCGGAUGUUGGAUCCUCCUCUUCUCUUUUAUGUUCUUAACGUGUGGCCGUACCAAUGGAGUAAGGUAUGUGGUUAAGCAACUCAAGAAAACUAAACCCUACAUAACUGGAUAUAUCGACGCCAAAGAGACGAAUCAGCAGACUGGACCCUACAUAACUGGAUAUAUCGACGCCAAAGAGACGAAUCAGCAGACUUACAAAACUGGGUAUGGAGAUUCACAAGAGACGAAGCAGCGAUACAUAACCAGCUAUAUUGAUAAUGCAGACGACGAAGAGACGAAGCAAACUUACAUAACUGGCUAUAUUGCAGACCACAAAGAGAUGAGCCAGCCCUACAUAACUGGGUACAUUGGAGAUGAUAAAGAUACCAAGAGGCCUAAUUACAUAACUCAGUAUAGAGGUGACAAAGAGAUGAAGCAGCCUAAUCAUAUACCUCAGUAUGGAAGUGACAGAGAGUCAGAGCAGCCUAAUUACAUGACUGGGUAUAGAGGUGGAGGUGACAAAGAGAUGAAGCAACCCAAUUACGUAACUCAGUAUGGAGGUGGAGGUGACAAAGAGAAGGAGCAGUCUAAUUACAUAACCCAGUAUAGAGAUGACAAAGAGAUGAAUCAACCUCCUGGAACUGAGAAUGAAGAAGGGAAAGAGUCUGUGUCCAAGUGUAGAAAUCAUAUGCAUGUUCAUUCAGUGUCACAAAAUGGAGUCCUACCACAAGAGUCCGUGAUGCGACAUGUUCAUAAUCAUAUGAAAACACAACCUUCGAUGUCCCAUGGUAAUAAGGAUCACAUUGAAGCAUUCAAGAUUGGGUUUUUCACUCCGGAUGAUCUGGGCGUUGAGAAUAUUAUGCCUCUCCACUUCGCCAUCCAACAACAUUCUCGUUUCUUGCCCAAACAGGUAGCUGAUUCCAUUCCCUUCUCAAAGUCACAACUCCUGCAGGUUCUCCAACUCUUUGCAAUCCCACAAGGCUCGUCUGAAGCCAAAGACAUGGAACAAACACUGAGAGAUUGCAGCCUCAGACCCAUCACUGGGGAGAUCAAGUUGUGCGCCACUUCCUUGGAGUCAAUGGUUGAUUUCACGAGCGAAAUCAUUGGCCCUGGCAUUGAAUUUGAUCUCUUAUCAACCACUCACCCCACUAUAUCAAAAGCCUUUACUCAAAACUACACCAUUUUGGAAGUUCCAAAAGAAGUUGUAGCUCCCAAAAUGGUGUUUUGUCACCCUGUGCCUUAUCCAUAUGCAGUUUUCUUCUGUCACUACUUUGGGACAGAGACAAAGGUUUUCAAGGUAUCAUUGGGCGGUGAAAAUGGAGACAAAGUAAAAGCCAUUGCUGUUUGCCAUAUGGACACGUCUGACUGGGACCCCAAACACAUGUUGUUCAGACUUCUCAGAACCAAGCCUGGGGUCAAUUCUCCAGUAUGCCAUUUCCUCCCUGCAAAUCAUCUGGUUUGGACUCCAUCGACUAAAACAGUCACAAUCUAAGUAGGAAGUUCUCUAGUAUGAAUGUAUUGUGUCUAAUAAAGGUCUAUCACCAAGACCUAGCAGAGUAGAUAUCUUUUAUGUUUCUAUCUGUCAAGCUUCUUUUCUGGCUUGUUUAUGAUGUUUGUGGGUGUCAAGCUCCUUGGAAUGUAAAUCACAUGUACCUGUUAUGGUAUAUGUGAACUUGAUAUAUUUCAAACAUGGCACUUCUUGUUUACACCAAGUGUUCCUAUAUAUAUUUAUUUCAAUCCUCUAAAAGAAAAAAAUGAAGAAACAGAACAUUUAACCUAAAAAGAGUAAUUCUACAUUCGAAAAAUGAUUAAAAUACCAAUAAUGUUCAAUUAUAUGCCUCUAUUACUAUCACUAGACAAAAAAGGGUACCCUUCUAUGUUGGAAGAUGACCUUAAUGGAAAUAUCAUGCUAGAAAAAAAUAUACUUAAUUUCUAAGCAUUUCUCACUUGCAAAUAAUUUUUUUCAUGAGAGUUUAAAAUAAUGUAUAACUUCAAUUAUGAUUCCA